CGUUGAACGAAGGGACUUUUAUUUUGAAAAAGAAAUAGACGCCAAUUCCGGUGGUGCGCUUGACGCUCCUAUCCUUUAGUGGGAGCGGACUUUUGUCGGCCUCACUUCGCGGUGUGCAUGUGAUGGUGAGGCGGGGACUGCUCACUGGGGACCGGGGAGACCUCACAGUUCUACUUGGAAACUACUUGUCGGCCAGGUCAAACCGAGACGGCGGGUACCGGAGAAAGAUGUCUGCAGACGGCCUGCAGCACCGGCAGGUGGCGGAGAAAACGAACCGACACAGCAGAAAAGUGCAUGGUUUCACCAGAGAUUCUUCAUGUCUGAGGAGAACUGUGUCAACAUGUGAGGAAAAAGUCCCAACAGCUCUGCCUCUGCUGCUGGAUGUGGUGUCGGGUCCGGAGCGUCUUCCUGCAGACGAGGACUCACAGGAAAUGCUAAGAGGGAAACUGCGCAAUCUGCAAGCUGACAGCCCAGAGGUCAACGCUCUGUUCACGGAGCUGGGCAUUCACCUCAUCUCCAUCGACAGUGAAGAGAAAGUCAUUUAUGUGACAUUCAAAACAUUUGAGGAGAUAUGGAAAUUCACCUCAUAUUAUUCAAUAGGUUUCCUGGGUCACUGCAUGGAGAAUCUGUUGUGGGACCCGAAGUUUUGGCUCAGUUCUUUGGAGGAGGACAUUGCAAUCAAGGUCUCUGUUCAGGAGGACUCACUCCACCUGAUCUACAAAGGCAUCCUCAUGCAGGAAGGUUCUUUGUUUGCUAGAUGUAGUACCAACCAGAUGUUUGACAGCUCCACCUCUGGAGGUGAUCUGUACCUGGAAAAGGGAGACAUAGCCCAGUUUGAGCCUCCGUUCCUGGGCUCCGGGUGGACUGUCCUCUGCCUGGCCGAUGGAGCCCGAGGUACCGCACCCAGACCUGGGCUUGAGCUGGUUGUCCCUUUUCAUCAAUGGUUUCUCAAAUCCUGCCCAGAGAGCAUUUUAAUUGGUGAUGGUAAACCCUCCUGUGACUUCCCUCUGCACUUUGCCUCAGGAACCUGUCUGGCCACAUCAGGGUAUGAUGCUGAGGGCCCGGAUGAGCUGAGUGUGACACCCGGUGAUCGCAUCAUCAUCGUUGGAAUCCUGGUGUCUUGUUGUGAUUGGUUCACAGCGAGGAAAGAGGCAACAGGAGAAGUGGGUUUGGUCAAGACAAGCCUGGUGAAACCGUCCACUGACAUCCACAAUUCAGAAGAUUUUUUUCUGGAUGGAGAGGAAGUGACAUUCUUCAAUCUGCAAGAGGACAAAGCCAUAGAAGAAACCAAUGCCUUAUUGAAGAAGAAAUCUCAAAAUGAUCCUGGUCAUAGCUACAAACUUGAUAUGAUCAGUUACCAAGAUGCUGAUAAAAAAAUACCAUCCAGCUCUUCAGGCAAACUUCAUACUCAGCUGACUGACUUGAAGACAAAUAUUCAGAGGUUUCUUGACCCCGGACGAGAGUCAUUGCCCCCAUCUAUAGUGACCAUGAACGGGACUUUAGAGGACGCUGACCUGGCCUCAGAAGCAAAAAAAACAAGUCCUCCCUGUUUCACUGUUCACCCGGUGGUAGAAGGAGACAACAACACAGAAAUCUUCAUUCUGCUUUUCUCUUUCCUGGAGGGACAAGACUACAAAAUAGAGUUUGGCCCCCUGUACAGACUCAGUUCUGAACUCCUGGCCUCCUCCAUCUUUACUGGUCACUCGGGAGAGGAUGAUCUGAUUGCUUUCCUGGGUGUUGCCAGGGAAACAGCCAGAAAGAAGCGACUCCUUUGGUCACAGACUCGUUUGUGCUUUCUGCUGGGUAAGCUCUGUGCUGGAAGAUCCAAAUUCAGCCAGGCUCGGGUUUACUUUGAGGAGGCUCUCGGCGUGCCACAAGAAGGCUUUGCGGACCUCAGGCUGUUGGCCAGUAUCUACUCCAACCUGGUCGCCGUAUACCUUUUGCAGAAAAAUACAGAGAGUUUCUUUGCUAUGACAGAGCGACUUGUUGCAUUGCUAUUCGGGACCCCAGACUGCUUGGAAUGCCUAGUGGACAACUCGGCUCUUAAAUACAUCCUCAAGAAAGCCGUUCUGUCCCACAACAAGAUGGCAGAGGCCCGGGCUUGUCAUCUACUGGCGAAGCACCACUGGACUCAUGCUGAAGGGGUACGAGUUGUUCCUUAUCUUGAGAGACUGCUUGUUCUUAGCACUGAAGCACAAAGAACGUGGGGCAUCUCAACCAGUCAUGAAUACCUUGCCCUGGGAAGGCUCUACAGCGAACUCCGACUUCCCCAUCUCAGUGUCAGCUCAGCAAGGAGAGCUUCUCAGCAUCCCUCUGCUACACUGACAAACUGCCUCAGCAGCAUGGCUCUACUAUUGAGCAACGUCAACAGACUGAAUGGGACCCCAGAACAGGAAGUAACCCUCCCACCUCAAGUGGCUCCCUAUUUACACCAAGCCCUUUCUUCUAAAAAAGUCCAAGAUGGAAGAAGUGACCGACAGCAUGUUUUGAGCCAUCAGCUUACCGUUAGUCUCUGCCAACUCUUUUGCAAGCACAGGAUGGUUGGACACGCUAUCGGCCACAUACACACCCUCAUCGACAGCGAUGGACUCCCGCAGCGACUCCCCAUCUCUGUCCCAGAGAGAAACAGUACCCUCAUCUGGCUGGCAUGGCUUCACAUUGAGAACAAGCAGCCAGACGUUGCCUUGGAUAUCCUGGACUCUGUCCUCGCUUCCAUGCCUGAACAUUGCACUACCCUUCAGGAAGGCGUGGUCCUCAACAUGCGUGGCGUGGCAUUUCGGUGCAUGGGUGACCUCCGGAGGGCGGCAGAGAGCUACGAGGCGGCUGUGGACGUCUGUCAAGAGUAUGAGGACAUGCCAAACUGGGCGGUAGCGCAGGCUAACCUGGGGCUGUUAUGUCUAAAGGCUAGAGCUAAAGAUUUGGCACAGAGACACCUGACUGAGGCCGUGCAGCUCUUCUCUGAGCUCGACGGAGAAGGCCAUGAGUCAAACUUCAUCACAGUACUGCUGGAGCUGGGUCAGCACUAUGUGAAGCAGCACCAGCUGGACUUUGGGAAAGGAUGCUAUGAAUGGGCUCUACUGCUGGCUAUCAACGCUAACCUGUUAGACUGCCAGCUCACUGCAACUAGACACCUGUACCAUCUGUAUGGGUGUGAGAAUCCAGACCAGGCCCAGUGUAUCAUUUACAGCCAGCACCAGGUCCAGCUGCUGAGACAAACAGGAGACAGAGGACGGGAAGGAGAGGCGCUGGAAGCCAUCAGCCAGCUCUACCUCACUCUGGGAACAGAAAGGGCAUACAAGGCAGCCCUCGACGACACCAAGACCAGUCUUGGUAUUUUCAUUGACCUGGGCUGGAGGGAGAAGGAGGCGUACGGCUGGCUGCAAGCGGGAAAGAUCUACCACCUAGUCAACCAAACUGAACUUGUGGACCUUUACGUGCAGGUAGCUCAGGAUGUUGCUCUGAGUACCGGAGACACCGGGUUCAUCUUGAAGCUUCUGGAAGCGGCAGGAGACAUUUUCUUCAACAGCAGCAAGGACCGGGACAAGGCCAUCACUUUCUACAGGGACCGAGCUCUGCCCAUCGCUGUGAAGAGCAGCAAUGUUCGUUCCCGGCUGAGGUUGUGCAAUAAGUUGACGGAACUGAUGCUCAGUCUCAAGCUUUAUGGUGAAGCUGUGGAGUUUGCUCAGACCUCACUGGACAUCAGUCAAACUCUGGGCGAGUGUCUGAAUGAGCGAGUGGCUUGCCAUCGUCUGGCCUCUCUGUACCACUGUCUGGACCAGUAUGAACUAGCUGAACACUAUUACCUGAAAACCCUGACCCUCUGUCCAACCUCUCUGCUGUUUGGUGAAGAAACACUGUACUAUGUUAGGGUGUACCUGACGCUGGGGGACAUCAUAUUCUAUGACCUGAAGGAUCCAUUUGAUGCUUCGGGCUACUACCACCUGGCUCUGGCCGCAGCCAUGGAUCUGGGUAACAAGAAGUCUCAGCUGCAGCUGUGCACCCGCCUCGCAACCAUCUACCACAACUUCCUAAUAGACCGGGAGCUCUCCCUCUUCUUUUACCAGAAGGCACGGGCCUUUGCCGCAGAGCUGAAUGUGAGGAGGAUAAAUAUCUCACCAGAUCAGCUGAAUAGUAGCACCUCACAGUACGAGACCACCAAAUAACCGUACGGACACUUUGGGGAGUCAAGCUUUUGUUUUACAGGACGAAAACUUUAGUGGGUGGAUUUGUUUGUGUUCUGGUACAGAAAUUGUUUUUUAUAACAAUGUCCUGGGUUCAUUUACACCCAGUAGUGUGUAAAUGAACCCAGGACAUUGUGGGCACCCCUGCUCUAAUGGAUGAGCGGAGUCGAAGUUGACUGACUGCCUUGUCAGCAAUUAUGCCAGAAGCAUUGAGACUACAAAGCAGAUGAUACCCACCUUUCAGACUUAAAUUUGAAGAGAUAAUUAAGGUCUCAGGGUGCCCAAUCAUCUAUUGCAUUGUGAAACUGUAUGUUUUAUUCUAAUGUACAAAUCAACUUUACUCAGGCCUCAGGAAAAGAUCAACAUACUAAUGCAGAACACUGAAAGCUUUUAUUAAUUAUCUGGUAUUUUAUUAUUGUAAUUAUUCUAAACAAGGAAAAAACUGAUUACUCAUAAACACAAGAACAUCAUCUGCAUGUAAUGAAAUUGUUCUGGUACUUCACUUUAGCGGUUUACUUAUUUUAUAGGGUUUUUCACUGAAUAAGAAAGUAACAGGACACAACCUUGUUCUGUACUCCUGAUGGAAAUAAACAAUAUGACUACCAUUAAAGUAAAACUGCCAUCGCAUCAGUCACUCCAUCACUCCAUCACUGAAAAUAUUUCCAAAGCAAAUUGUUGCAUUGUUAGUCCUAACCCACCGGUCAGAUUUCUAAUAGUAUCCCUCUUAUGGUGUUACGGCAAUUUUCUUUCCAUCUGGAAGUUCAUCAGAGUUUUAUCAGUGUGAUAAGUGUGAUAAAAUGUAAAGUUAUUGUAUUUCUUUGAUCUAGAUUGAAUAUUUUUUUUAUAUUUUCUUUCAUGAUGACCAAACUAAAAUGCAAAUGUAACGGACAUUAAACGUAUAACAAGUAUGAUGUAAGAUUGUUCCUCUUUUCAUGGCAGAAUGAGAAGAUAAAUUGAUCAUUAAUGUGGUUUGUUAGAAAGUUAAUGAAUUACCAGCAGCUGAUUAACAGUGUGUUUUAACGUAUUUAAGAGCAACAAUGCUGUUACUACACUGCUGCAUUUGAAUACCAAUAAAUAGUAUGAU